AUGGGGUCCACCGUUCCCGGCCUCGACGAAGACAUCGCCAUCAUCGGCAUGGCCUGCCGUUUCCCCGGCGACGCUACGAGCCCCUCGAGGCUGUGGGAGCUGCUGAUGGACGGCAGGUCGGCCUGGUCCGAGAUCCCGGCGUCGAGAUGGAACCGGGACGCGCACUACCACCCGUCGCAGGAGCGCGCGGGGAGCAACACCGUCAGGGGCGGGCACUUUUUGCGCGACGGCGAGCAGAACGGCAAGCAGUUCGACGCGGCCUUCUUCAACAUCACCCGCAAAGAGACGGAAACGAUGGAUCUUCAGCAGCGGAUAGUCCUGGAAAAUGUCUACGAGGCAAUGGAGAGCGCCGGCCUCCGGCUCGAGGACGUCAAGGGCAGCAACACCAGCGUGUUCGCGGGCGUCUUCACCGACGACGUCCGUUCCAUCCUGCAAGAGGACCCGGACCUAUCCGUCAAGUAUAAGCCCAUCGGCACUAGCGCCGCCAUCCUCGCGGCCCGGGUAAGCUGGUUCUACGACCUGAGAGGCAGCAGCUUCACCUUGGACACGGCGUGCUCGAGCAGCAUCGUGGCGUUGCACACGGGAGCCCAGGACCUGCGCGCCGGGCUCAGCGAUAUGUCUAUCAUCACCGGGGUCAAUAUAAUCGAGUCCCCCGAGUUCAUGUUCCGCGCCAGCGGCCUCGGCAUGGUGUCGCCCGACGGCAAGUGCUUCUCGCUCGACGCGCGCGCCAACGGCUACGGCCGCGGCGAGGGGGUGGGCACGCUGAUUCUCAAACCCGUGCGGGCGGCCAUCCGCGACGGCAACGUGAUCCGGGCCGUGGUGCGCGGCACGGGCGUCAACUCGGACGGCCGCGGCACGGGCGGCAUCACGCUGCCUAACAAGGAGGCCCAGGUGCGCCUCAUACGGGACGUGUACGCGCGCAACAACCUCGACCCGGACCACACCGGCUUCCUCGAGGGCCACUUCACAGGCACGCCGGCCGGUGACCCGAUCGAGGCGAGCGCCAUCGCGGCUGUGUUCCAGCGUGGCGGACCGCCGAGAGGGGCGGCGGCGGCCGCCGCCGCCGCCGACAGGCCGCCGCUGUACGUGGGCGCGGUCAAGGCCAACAUUGGCCACGUCGAGGCGGCGUCCGGCAUGGCCCAGGUGAUCAAGACGGUCUUGGUGCUGGAAAACGGCAUCAUACCGCCCAACACCAACUUUGAAAAGAUCAACCCCAGGAUACCCAUUGACAGAUGGGGCCUCAAGCUGCCUCUGGUCCCGACACCGUUCGAGGCAGGGCCCUCGGGUGUCCGGCGCGCGAGCAUCAACAGCUUCGGGUUUGGCGGCACCAACGCCCACGUCGUGCUGGAUGACGCGAAAAGCUAUCUGGACAGGUUGGGUCUGGGUGGUGAGAGGGGCAGCCUCUUGCACGCAACAAAGCCGGGCACAGGGGCACCACUCGCAAGCCCCCCCGGAGAGGACAAGAGCCCGCAGCAGCAGAAGCAGCAGGCCGUGGCAGGCCACAAGAUCUUCUUCUUUUCGGCCAACGAUCAAGACGGCAUCUCGCGGGUCCUCACCAGCCUCGCAGAGUACCUGCAGAAGAAGCAACAGCAGCAGACUGGCGAGAACGAAUCAACCUCCCCAACAGACAUGGACGACGCAUACCUCUCCAGCCUCGCCAUGACGCUUUCGGAACGGCGCUCACGCCUAGCCUGGCGCCUCGCCGUCACCGCCGACUCGGCCACGUCUCUCGUUGCCGCGCUCGCCGAUCCCACCACCAUCACGACCUGCGCCGUCCGGCCCGGCAAGGCCUCGACGCCCGCUGCGGCCUUCAUCUUCACUGGCCAAGGCGCGCAGUGGUUCGCCAUGGGCCGCGAGCUGCUCGUCUUCGACGUUUUCCGCGCGAGCGUCGCCGAGGCCGACAGGUUCAUCGCCGGCACGCUCGGCAGCGGGUUCAGCGUGCUGGAGGAGCUCGCGCAGCGCAGCGCCGAGACCAGCAGGAUCGACGAGCCGCUGUACUCGCAGACGUUGUGCACCGUGCUGCAGGUCGCCCUCGUGGACCUGCUGGCCAGCUGGAACCUGGCGCCCAGGCGCGUGGUCGGGCAUUCGAGCGGCGAGAUCGGGGCGGCGUACGCGGCGGGCGCGCUGGAUCGCGAGUCGGCGUGGAAGGUCGCGUACUACCGCGGCGUCGUCAGCGCGAAGCCCGCGGCCGACAACACGCGCGGCGCCAUGAUGGCCGUCGGAUGCACCGCCGACGAGGCAGGCCCGCUCAUCGCCCGGGUCCACGAGGAGCUCGGCGCCGACGGGGAGCUCGUCAUCGCCUGCUACAACUCGCCCCGCAGCCUCACCAUCUCAGGAGACGAGACCAAGGUGGACGCGCUGAUGAAGGUGGCGAGCGGCAAGGGGCUCUUCGCGAGGAAGCUGCGCGUAGCCAAGGCGUACCACUCGCGCCACAUGAUUCCCGUAUCCGACGAAUACCGGUCGCUAAUGGGCACGCUCCGAGCUGGUGCCGCCACUGCUGGUGCUGGUGCUGGUGCUGGUGCUGGUGCUAGUACUGCUACUAUUCCUGCUGCAGUCUUAGGGUUAGGGUGUAACCCCAACCCUAACCCUACGCAGUCGCCGUCGUCCGACGAUGUGCAGGUCAUGUCCUCGGUCACGGGCGGUCUGAUGGCCGCGAGCGACAUGACUGACGCCGACUACUGGGUGCGGAACCUUGUAUCGCCGGUGCGGUUCUCGCAGGCGCUUGUGGCCCUGUGCACCUCCAACGUCGCCAAGAGGCAGCUCAAGGUCGGCGGCGGCGCCGAGCUGCCCGUGUCGCACCUCGUCGAGAUCGGCCCGCACGGCGCGCUGCAGGCGGCGGCGCGCGACGCCGUGCUCAGUGACCCGAACCACAAGGCCCUGCGCUACGUCUCCGUCCUAACUCGAGGGAAACACGCGUGUGUCACUACGCUGAACGCGGUCGGCGCGCUGGCUGCGGCGGGCCUGCCGGUCGACCUGGCCAAGGUCAACAGGUACAACAACAACAACAACAACAACAACAACAACAAGGCCAUGCUGGUCGAUCUGCCGCCGUACCCCUUCCAUCACGCAAAGGAGACGUAUUCCUGGCUGGAAUCCCGCACCAGCCGCGCGUGGCGGUUCCGCAAACACGCCCGGCACGACGUCCUCGGCGCCCCCGUCCGCGACUGGGACCCGGACGCCCCGAGGUGGCGCAACCACCUCCGCGUGUCCGAGGUGCCGUGGCUCCGCGACCACAAGGUCACGGACAGCAUCGUCGUCGCUGGCGUGACGUACCUCGUCAUGGCCAUCGAGGCCGUGCGCCAGCUGUACGGCGACAGGGGCGAGGCGCCGCUCGGCUUCAACCUGCGCGACGUGAGCAUCUCGCGCGCGCUGCAGGUCAGCGAGGGCGAGCACACCGAGACCGUGUUCUCCAUGAAGCGCGUCGCCGAGUCGCGCCAGUCGGACAGCAGCCUGUGGUGGGAGUGGAAGGUCACGUCCUUCAGCGCCCACGACGACACCUGGCUGGAGCACAGCCGCGGGCAGAUCGCCGCCGAGACCGAGGCCUCGACAGCCACGGGCGUCGUGGACGACGGCCGCGAGGAGAGGGCGCAGCGACGCCACUACAGCGAGCUGCUGUCCACCGUGACGCGGGCCUGCGCCGCGCCGCAGACGGAGCUUCUCCCGAGCAAGUACGCCGAGCUCGAGCGCAUCGGCCUCGGGUUCGGGCCCCUGUUCCGCAACAUCGCCAGCAUGUACGGAUACUCCAACUCCAAGAGCGGCAGCGGCAGCGGCAGCGGCACCAGCAGCGACAACAAGACGGGCGGCGGCCAGUCGCUUGCCACGAUCCGCAUCCCAGACAUGGCCACGGCCAUGCCGGCGCACGCGCUCGCCCCCUCGGUGAUCCACCCGCCCGUCUUCGACAGCAUCCUGCAGUGCUUCAUCUUCGCCCUGCAGGCCUCGGCCGAGCGACUGACGGAGCCCAUGGUGCCUGUCGCCAUGCGCAGCGUGUGGAUCAGCGCCGCCAUCGAGGCCCAGCCCGGUGCCGAGCUCACGGUGCACGCCGCCGCCGGCCGCGUCGGCCACAAGAGGGCCGAGGCAGACAUCACGGCCUGGAGCACCGACCUGGGGGCUGAGAGACCCGUGAGAGUCGUCAUGCGCGGCAUCGAGGCCGUGCCUUUGCAGCAUAACGCCGCGGCGGCGGCGGCGACCGGCAGCGGGCGCGAAAUCUGCUUCACUCUGGACUGGAAGCCGGACGUGGACAUCCUCGAGGCAAACGGCGAGGCCGAGGCCUGCAUACGCCGCGCCCUGCAGCCGCUGGAGACGCCAGCGCUCGAGGAGAGCGCCGCCGAACAGCUCCGAGACGUCCAGUUGGCGUGCGCCAUCUGCAUCACCGAGGCUGUCAAGGAGCUCGAGGCGCGGCCGCUCGUAGACGAAGAGGCGUUGCCCGACCACCUCAAGAAAUACCUCGGCUGGCUGCGCCUGAUCGCCGACGAGUACGAAAACAACAACGUGCUCCGCCAGGACGCCUCGUGGCCGGCUAUCGUGGAAGACGCCGUGUCACGCGACAGGUUCCUCGCCGAGUACGAGGCGUCGGGCCACCCCGAGGCCGUCAUGAUUUGUCGGAUGGGGCGUAACAUCGCGCCCAUCCUCCGCGGCGACGUCGACGGACUGCACCUGCUAUUCGGCAUGGACGACAUGCUCGAGCGCGUGUACCGCGUCGCCAUCGGGACCCAGAAGAUCCACGCUCUGAUGGGCGAGUAUGCCAGGACGUUGAGCCACAAGCGCGGCGCUGACCUCAGGGUGCUGGAAAUCGGUGCCGGGACCGGUGGCACGACGACCAGCAUCCUCGAGGCCGUCUGCCCGACGGGCACCCGCGUCAUCGGAGACUCGCGGCUGCUCAAGUACACGUACACGGACAUCAGCCCGAGCUUUUUCGACACGGCGGCAACCAAGUUGGGAAAGUGGAAGGCCGGCGGCGUCAUCGAGUUCAAGACGUUGGAUAUCGACAGAGAUGUCGAAGAGCAGGGCUUCGACCUGGCCUCGUACGACCUGGUCAUCGCCGCCAACUGUCUCCAUGCGACCUCGGACAUCACCAAGACCAUGGCCCGCGUCAACAGUCUGUUGAAACCCAGCGGCAAACUCUUCCUCCAGGAAACUACCGAGCAACGGUGCCUCGAGUCUCCUCUGGUGUUCGGCAUGCUUGCAGGCUGGUGGGCUGCCAAGGAGGACUUCCGCCCCUGGGGUCCGCUGCUGGAUGGCCAAGGGUGGCAGCGAGUGCUGCGCGAUGCCGGCUUCUCCGACACUGUGCUGGAGCUCAAGGACUCGCCGAGAGAGGAGCUACACGUGCAGAGCAUGGUUGUAGCGACGCGGCCAGCGGAGGGGGAAGAAGAAGAACAACGAGAAGAAGAAGCCACCAGCAACAAGCAGCAGCAGCAGAAGCAGAAACAGAAGCAGAAGCAGCUCGACGAGGACGAUGUUAUCCGCCGGGUGUUUGUCAUUGCGCAUACGACGCCCGAGGACGUCGCCCUGGCUACGUCUGUGGCUUCUGCCGUGUCCGAGGUGACCAAGCUCGGCGUGAGCGUCGUUCGGUUCGCCGACCUGGCCCAGCACAAACUGACAAACACAUGCUGCAUCGUGACGAUGGAGACCACCGCGCCCUUCCUCUCGUCGUCCUUCAGCGAGGCCGAGUUCUCCCUGCUGCGCCACGUGCUGACCACGGCCGGAGGGCUGCUUUGGCUCACGCUCGAUCCGCACGAGAACCCACACAUGGCGUUGAUACCAGGCCUGCUUCGUACCGUCCGCUGGGAGAGAGACCUCGACGGCUCGGACCUGUUGCUUCUGCACCUGCCCUCGUCUGCCGAGGCCUCGCUCGUUGCCUCCAGCGUCGUCAAGGUCUUCAAGCAUCAUUUCGCCGGACCCUUCCUGUCGCCGGAUCGCCAUGCCGACUACCUCGUCAGCCCGGACCAUGGCGGGCUAGGCUUCAUCCAGACGGCCCGAAUCGUCGCCGCUCCCCCCGUCAACGACUUCAUCGCACGGAGGACGACCGUGCUCCAGCCUCAGCUGCAGGCGUUCGGUGCCGACCCGGGCCGCAGCCUGAAGCUCCACACCUCCGGGCCGGGGAAUCUGGACAAGCUGCACUUCGUCGACUGGCCGGGCGCGGAGCAGCCCCUCGGGGGCAACGAGGUCCAGGUAGACAUCAAGGCGGCGGGCCUGAACUUCCGCGACGUCAUGGUGGCCAUGGGCGAGCUGGCCAACAACAUUCUCGGCUACGAGGGCGCCGGUGUCGUCACGCACGUCGGCGCCGAGGUGACGGAUGUCAAGGUCGGCGACCGCGUCAUCGCCGUCUGGAAUGGCGCCAACAACUGCCUCCAGACCCGUACGAGGGUGCCCCGGGACCUCCUGGCCAGGAUCCCCGACACCAUGUCGUUCGAGGAGGCCGCCAGCAUCCCCGUCGUCUUCGUGACGGCCUACUUUUGUCUGUACGAGGUGGCGCGUCUCAGGGCCGGCGAGACCAUCCUCGUCCACGCCGCGGCGGGCGGCACAGGCCAGGCCGUGAUCCAGCUGGCCAAGCAUCUGGGCGCCAAGGUCUACGCAACGGUUUCCUCGCGCGAGAAGAGGACGCUGCUGAUGGACGAGUACGGCCUUGCCGAGGAUCACAUCUUCAGCAGUCGCGACUUGUCCUUUGCAGACGGCGUUAUGCGAAUGACCGAUGGCAAGGGCGUCGAUGUGAUUGUCAACUCUCUCUCGGGCGAGGCACUGCGUGCCUCCUUCGGCUGCAUCGCCAUGUUCGGGCGGUUUGUCGAAAUAGGGAAACGCGACAUCAUGGCCAACAGCAAAAUCGGCCUGCUCCCCUUCAGCCGAUGCGCCACCUUCACGGCCGUCGACCUCGCCCAGAUAACGACCCUGGCGCGCCCGCUGGCCUCGCGCAUCAUGCGCUCCGUCGUCGACCUGCACGCCGCCGGCACGCUCCACGCCUGCAGGCCGCUCAACGUGCACACCUUUGGCGAGAUGGAAGACGCCUUCCGCAUCCUGCAGCAGGGCAAGCACACGGGCAAGGUCGUCCUCACAGCGCACCCAGAGGACCUCGUCAAGGUCGUUCCCAAGCCGCCUGCGCCGACGCGUCUGAGGCCCGACGCGACCUACCUGCUGCCCGGCGGCGCUGGCGGGCUCGGGCGGUCCAUCGCCAAGUGGAUGGCCGGGCCGGCGCAGGGCGCCAAGAACCUGGUGUUCCUCUCGCGCAGCGGUGCCGACGCCGCGACGACGCGCGAGCUGCUCGCCGAGCUGGCUGCCGCGGGCGUGCGGGCGACGGCGCUCAAGUGCAACGUCGCCGACGAGGCACAGCUGGUCGCGGCGCUGGCCGAGCUGGCUCGCCUGGGCUUCCCCCGCGUCGCGGGCGUCAUCCAGGGGGCGAUGCAGCUCCGCGACUCGGCCUUUGAGUUCAUGUCACACGCGCAAUGGGAAGAGUGUCUGGGCCCCAAGGUGCAGGGCACGUGGAACCUGCACAAGCACCUGCCCGCCGACAUGGACUUCUUCGUGAUGCUGGGCAGCGUCGCCGGGCUCGUCGGCAACCGGGGCCAGUCCAACUACGCGGCGGGCAACACGUUCCAGGAUGCGCUCGCUAUACACCGGCGCGCACGGGGGCUGGCGGCGACGUGCAUUGAUCUGUGCAACGUCAUGAGCGUCGGCUUUGUCGCCGAGAACCAGGAGACGCUGAACAAGAACCCGCUGUUCUUCUACGCGCACGACGGGAUCCGCGAGGAAGAGUUCCUCAGUUUGGUCGAGUUCCACCUCGACGCCGAGCGGGCGGGCUGCCGGGGCCGGCCCCAGAUCGGCGUCGGCCUGGCGCCGCUGUCCGUGUUCAAGGAGCGCGGGCUGCCCGAGCCGACGUUCAUCAAGUCGCCGCUGUUCCGGCAGCUACGGUCGACGAGCGGCGAGUCGGGCGCCGCAGCGGACGCUGUCGCGGGGGCGGAUCAGAACGGCGCCGUCACGGUGAGGCAUGCUCUCAAGUUUGCCGAAAGCCCGGAGGCGGCGGCAGACAUCAUUUGCGACGCGCUGGUGAAGAGGAUCAGCCGCACGAUGCGGAUUCCGGAGCCGGACAUUGACGUCGGCAAGCCGAUUCACGUCUACGGCGUGGACUCGCUGGUGGCGAUGGAGAUCCGGAACUACCUCGCUAGUGAGUGCGGGUCUGCGAUUGCCGUCCUGGAGAUCAUGGGCAACAAAAGCAUUGAGGUUCUGAGUGGUGAGAUUGCGAAGGGAAGCAAGUUAGUUAGUACCAAGUGCAAAGAAAGAAGCCUGAGUAGGUAG